AAAUAUGGAUAAGAAGAGACAAGAACAGCAACAUGGGGGAGGCAAAAAAGGCGUCCGGGGGGCGUAUGCGGAUGCUCCGUUCGAACUGCCAGCUCACACCGGCCCCAGUUUUGGCAUUGAGGCCCAAUCGUCGCCGUUUGCCGUCAUGCAGGCUGGACGUGCCAUCGGCUGUUGAUAGGACAGGCUGAUGCCUUAGCUCCCCCUCCUCUCGUGCUUCUGCUCCUCCGAGUCAUGCCUCAAGAAAUAUCUCGGGUCAAAGUCUUCGCGUCUUCUCGUCCCAGCCUCUCUGCCUGCCUGCUCAGCCGAUGACUCGAAAUGCCUCCAUCGCUUGCAAAAGCUCAUGCAUGAUCGACCGGCUGGUGCACGCCCCCCCUUCGUCCACAGUUUGUGAGGCUUCCGAGUCCACACUCUGCUGCUGCUGCCGGCAGACCCUUCCCCUUGUCCUUGUUCUUUCUGCUCGUCCCGCAGCUCACAGCCGCGGCCGAAUGCUACGGGAUCCUCCUUCUGCUGGUCAGCACAGCCUGCGGUGCUCAUCUUCAUCCUCGAGCUUGUUCCUCUGCUUGCAUCCUCCGUACUCGUAUCUAAUGGUCCGGCCCCACCCCCGGGCCCCCGUCUUUUGCCUGUCUCGGCUCCCGGCCUCUCCCGUAUUACUUGACCUCCACACCAACCCCGACCGUCUGCUUGGUGUGCUUGAUGCUUUGGAUAUUGACAGCAUCUCUAGCUUUUACGGCUCGUUUAUCUUGCUCUAGAGAAGUACUGUUUCGUUCAGCUCGUAUUCAUAUCCGUAAUACAUGUAGCUAUGUAGACUUGUAGAUGCUUGAUACAGUAGUCAACACCGAACAUCAAACCGCUCAUACAGCAAAAGAAGUAAUGGCAUUUCUUAAAAAGAAAACACCGGCGUUGCGAACAAUUUACACACGGACGACCCUUCUCCGCCAGAUUACAUAUCGGCCACCACCUCCACAAGCCAGGAUACCAAACCCACAACCAUCGCACCGUCCCACCGCGGCUGUCUCGCCAGGUUUCCCACGAUGUAGCGUGAGAUAUAAUACCGCGCCACCCGUGACACACAUCCCAAAAUCUCGUGAUCAAAAAACAUCAAAUCCGUGUCAAAAUCGGUAGGCCUCGUCAUC